AAAGUGACUCGCGCAAGCAGAUCUGGAUAUCCUCGCGCAGUAGCCAUCACCAGUCUCCAAUGCAAACUUGGGAACACCACACAUGCAGUUGGACACUGCAGUUUUUGAUGAAUAUACUUUCCCCUCUGUUUGGAUUCGCGUUUUCCAUUCAAAACACAUUCUAGUAGAAUGUUUGAACUGACUUUCCUUGGCGCGUUCUUUUUUCUUUCCACAACAGUUCGUCUUACCUUCUCCCAGGAGACUGGAGGAGGCUACAAACAUUCCACGGUCUUGGAUGCGAAUGGGAAGUACCGACUUAAAUGGAAGUUCGACGAUAAGACGGUGACCUUCGAGUUGGAAGUGGAGACAACUGGAUAUGUGGGAUUUGGAUUGUCUUCCAAUGGCGCGAUGGCUUUAUCGGAUAUCGUGAUUGGCGGCGUGUCCAACGGAAGACCCUACCUUCAGGAUUAUUUUGCUGACCCCAGCAGAAAGGUGCACAGGGACCCGGAGCAGAGCUACAGGCUGGAGUACGGCAGAGAGAACGCCACGCACACCACCCUGGCCUUCAGCAGAGACCAGCUGACCUGCGACCCCAACGACAAAGACAUAUCGGCCAGUACGGUGCGGGUGAUCUGGGCCUACCAUGAGCAGGACGUGGGGCCCGCGGGGCCGGUGUACCACGGAGCGAACCGCGGCCGGAAGAGUCUGCGGCUGCUAAAUCCAGGAAGUAGAGCCGCCGCUCCCCCCAGCACAGCCCACUUCGACCUGAAGAACACACACGUACUCGUGCCCUCGAAAGACACGACCUACUGGUGCCAGUUAUUCAAGAUCCCAGAGGUCCAGACCAAGCACCACAUCAUCAGAAUUGAGCCUGUGAUCCAGCGUGGUCAUGAGAACCUGGUGCACCACAUCCUGCUGUACCAGUGUGACAGCAGCCUGAACGCCAGUCACCUGGACGCCGGCCACGAGUGCUUCCACCCCAACAUGCCCGACUCCUUCCUGACCUGCGAGACCGUCGUCUUCGCCUGGGCCAUUGGUGGUGAGGGCUUCACGUAUCCACCUCACGUGGGUCUCUCCAUUGGGACCUCUAUAGACCCUGUUUACGUCCUGAUGGAGGUCCACUAUGACAACCCAGCACUACAACAAGGGCUGCUGGAUAGCUCCGGGCUGCGUCUGUUCUACACCCCCAAGCUGAGGCAGUAUGACGCCGGGGUGAUCGAGACGGGCGUGUGGGUCAGCCUCUACCACAUGCUGCCCCCGGGGAUGGCGGACUACAUCUCAGAGGGGCACUGCACACGGGAGUGCCUGCAAGAGUCUCUAGAGAGUGAGAUGCCGGGUGGGGUGCGUGUGUUCUCCGUCCUCCUGCAUGCCCACCUGGCCGGGCGCUCCAUUCGCACGCGUCACUUCCGGGGGGAGGAGGAGCUUCAGCCGCUGGCCUACGAUAACGAGUUCGACUUCAACUACCAGGAGUUCCUGCACCUGAGAGAGGAGAGACUGCUGCUACCUAGUGACAACUUAAUUACUGAGUGCAAAUACAACACAAAGGACAGAGUCAACAUGACAUGGGGAGGUCUGAGUACGCGAGAUGAGAUGUGCCUCUCCUACCUGCUCUACUACCCCCGGAUUAACCUGGCCAGGUGCGAGAGUUUACCGGAGAUCAACGGACAGCUGAAGUUCAUUGGGGUGAAGGAGAUACAGACUCCAGUCACAACGUGGCCGUUUGUGAUUAAGAGUCCAAAGCGCUACACCAACCUGUCCUUCACGGAGGCCAUGGACCGGUUCCGCUGGUCCAGGAAGAGGGGGCGGGCUUUUAACGACGUCGUGCUGCAGCUGCCCGUCAACGUGCGCUGCUCCAAAUGGGACCAGGAUGAGUGGUCGAUCCAGGGCAUGAUUGUGUCUCCGCCGGAGGUGCCCCGCCCCUCAAGGCCCACGGCCACGCCCUGUAGCUCGCGGAGCAGAUCAUCAUCAUCCUCCUCCUCAUCCUCAUCCUCAUCAUCCUCCUCAUCAUCAUCUUCCUCGUCCUCAUCAUACUCCUCCUCUCCGCUUCUUCUACUGAUGGCAAUACUCUUGUGUCUCUGUUGUUACUCAUCGUCAUCAUCACCAUCAUCAGCAGCAGCAGCAGUGUCAUAAUCAACAUCAUUACCACCACCAUCAUCACCAUCAACAUCAUCACCAUCAUCCUCACCAUUAUCAUCACCAUCAACAUCAUCACCACCAUCCUCACCAUUAUCAUCACCAUCAACAUCAUCGUCUUCAUCAUCAUCACCAGGACUCCUGUAGCUAAAUUAUCCGUCUGGUCACCUCAUGGUUAGUGUCUCACAUAGGCUGUGUUAUAUGCUGUUCAGAACCCCGAAUAUGAGGCAUAUCCUGGUUAUGGUCAAACUCGGCACUCGUCUGGCACUUUCAUGUCAGUUUCAUGUCUAUGACCUAUUUUUGUGGAAGAAGGAGUAAUUGGAGUUACCGAGGAUAGUUCACCACACACACUGUAAAACAUUGCAGCCAGUUAAACGUGGAAAAGUUGAAUAUAGGAAGCAACUCUGUCCUGGUGCCUUAAGUUUGUGAGUUAACUCAACUUGAGAACACUUUGAGUUUAGUAAAGCAUUGAGUUGAGUUAGCUUACAAACUUAUGGCAGAAGGGCAACUUGCCUUUUUACGUUUAAUUGGCUUGCACUGUUUAAGUCAUAUGCUAAUGGUAUUACCUGGCACUCCCACCGGUUUGGUUUGUGCAUAAUGUCACUGAUUAUAAUUACUCUGUGGUGGGCAGUUAGAAGUCACUCCAUUGUCAUAAUGGUUUCACGAAUAUGACUUUAUCCUUCCCGAUAUGUUAAUGUCACAUUAAAAUGCUGGCACCUUCCUUAAAGGGGUAUGCCACUAUUUUGGGGCUUCAUACAGUUAAAUCGUUGGCUGGAGUCUAUAAAGGUGGUAAAGUGUCUUAUUUUUCAUGUUAAAGGGACACUGUGCAGGAAAUGGUCAAAAAAAAGUACUGCAACUAUGCUGCUCGUUGAAACUGGGCUGCCUAUUGCCAUAUUUGAUCUUUACAUGAAACUUUACUAAGUAAUAAACAAAUAUUUUCUAGUAUGGUCCAAGUAGAGCCAUUUUUGCAGCUAAAAAUGGCUAUUUUUGGAAAUUCAAAAUGGAUUCAAAACGAUUUUUAACUGUAUUAAUCCCCAAAAUAGUGGCAUACCCCUUUAAGCAUAAAGCCUUGUUCACACGUCACUGCUAGUUACUCGCUAUUCGCUCAUUCGCCUACAAGACACUCGCUCAUGGAAAGUUCGCUAAACGAUCCCGCGGCUUUAAAUGCCAAUGCACAGGCGCGAAGUACCGAACUCUGCAUUCCAAUUGGUUACUCGCCUCGCUCAAAGUUACAUGUAAAAUAUUUUCAACUCGGCAUCCGCACACAUCGAAUCGCCUGUACUCUUCUCGCCUACUCGCCUUCAUGUCUCGCUGGCACACAUAGACAUUCUAUUGACUUAACUCGCUGAGCGAAUAACUUGCAGCGACGUGUGUGAACGAGGCUUAAAGCGGCGUACACACACAUUGCCAGCUUUUCGCUUGCUCGCCUACUUGCCACUCUUUCAUGGAAUGUUCGCUGAAAGUUCCCGCGGCUUUAACUGCCAAUGAACAGGCAAGAAGUACCGAACUCUGCAUUUCAAUUGGUUACUCGCCACUGUUGGGAAAGUUACUCAAAAACUGUAAUGCACUACUUAUUACAUGUUACUGUCAUUUAAAAGUAAUGCCUUACAUUACAACAUUACUUUUUCUAAAAAGUAAGGCAUUACACUACUUUUGUAUUACUUUUAGUUACUUUAGCCAAAAUGACUGGAAAUAAGGAUUUGGCUAUCUACAGUGCAAAUCUAUGAGGUGGCAUGACUUUCACCUGCCAUCCACAAGUCGUUUUGGAAGCCUGCAGACUGAAAACCAACAUUUUCAGGAAUUGCGUCUUACCCACAUACAAUAAGGCCUAAGAAAAAUAAAAGUUUUGUUCCGGUUGGUUGUCAGGUUUGGUCAUCAUCCGGUCGGAUUUUUUUUUUUAUUUCCAAUUUUUUUUUCAAUGUCUUUUUUUUAUGUUAUAUGCGCCAGAUUUUUGUCAUAAACGUUGUUGAACAAUGCCAAGGACGAUAGUGGAGUUGAGGCUUGAUAAGUACAGCUGAAGCUACAAUGAAAUAUAAUAAGCAUUAAUGAGCCAAGAGGCCUAUAAUAUUUUAUUUCAAAUAGAUUUAUUUCAAUUUUAGUGAUGUUUAGUUGAACAAAAGUCAGGGGGGUGCAACGUAGGCCCCCCGUCGGAUAGCCUACCCUGCCGUGUCCCUGUCUCGUGCAAAUGGGAUGCAUCCCCUCCUUUCCUGACUAAUUUGGUGGUGCUAUGGCACCUCUUAAUAUCGUCACAUUGUUUGUAGGCUACUGUUUUUCGACGUGGAAAGCGGUUUGGGUUUCAAGUACAGUGUGCAUUUAACUUUAUGUUCUUAGCGUCCUUAUUUUCAAUGGAGUCAAAGUAGUGGGCAUAUACCCAUCUUGAAAACGAGCAAGCUGGAUCUUCUGGAUCGAUCAUCCUUUGUCAGCCUGCCAUUUCGAGAGAUGAAGCGUGAAAGAGGAAGCAACGUUCUGCGUGAAACUUUAAAAUCUCUGCGCGGACGUAGGCUAUCGUAGGCAAUAGCUGAUCUUGCGGUGAUCCGCGAACAUUGUAUAAAGAAAACAAAAUACCCACACAAAAUUUAGGUGAAAAAAAUGCGUUGUAAUGUGCAAGUUACUUGCAUUGUAACGAGGACAUAUUACCGAUUUUUUCCCCUGUAAUCAGUUACAUUACUGCGUUACUCAAAAAUGUAAUGCAUUACAGUAAUUAGUUACUUUUGUAACGAGUUACUCCCAACACUGUUACUCGCUUGCUUGCCUCGCUCGAAGUUCAAAUAUUUUCAACUCGGGAUCCGCCCACAUCGCAUCGCUUGUACAGUACUCGUCUACUCGCCUGCUCGUCUCGCUGGAACACAUUUUCUAUUGAGUUCAUUCGCUGAGCGAGUAACUAGCAGCGACGUGUGUGUACGGCCCUUAAGACCAGCCCAUUGAGAAUAUAGGAUUUCUCACUGGACCAGCCUUAUUCCAUUGUAAUGUUGUGAUAAGGUCAGAGAAUGAAGAAAGAUAUCAUGGUGAUGGUCUCCACUUACUGACGUGAUUGGUUUAAACUUUAGAGCAAUCAUAUACAGUAGCAGCUACAAUUCGUCAUGCUGGGUCCUUUCAAGUGUAGAUAUUUCCGUGCCCUCUGAGAUACUGGGGCUAUGUAGACAGAUGCAGUGAGUUAUUUUAUUCAUUGUAAGUAUAGAUCAAAGGAAACAGUGGUAGUAAAGACCUUGUAGACAAUUUCCAGCCUGCUAAACACAAUGUUAAAAAGAAUAGUUGUAUAUCGAUCACUAUAAUAUGUGUAUUAUGUCAGAA